AUGGGAAUUGGCCUUUGCGCACACGUUCGUGAAGGGCACCACGCGCGGCAAGAUCCCCAAGAUGGUCGAACCUGCGGACCUGAUUUCCUCCAUGAUGGUCCUGAUCAACGCCGUCUACUUCAAGGGCCUGUGGAAGGUGCAGUUCGACUCGAGGACCACCCGGCUCGCGCCCUUCACGACGGCGUCGGCAAUCGGACGCAGGUGGAGAUGAUGAGGGUGGAAGCGGAGUUCAACAUCGGAAUGUCGGAGGAGCUGGAGGCUCAGGUCCUGGAGAUGCCGUACCGAGGGGAAGGAGCGUCCAUGUUCGUUCUGCUGCCUCGAGACCGAAGCGAGGAGGCUCUGGAGAUGAUGGUCGAGCGUCUGACGGGCGCGACGCUCAAGUCUGCCAUGAGGAAGCUGAGCAGCAGGAACGUCACCGUCGGCCUCCCCAAGUUUAAGCUGGAGACGAGCAUUCGGGACGAACUCAAGAUCGGUCUGACCAGCAUGGGCAUCGGCGACCUGUUCUCUCCCGUGGCCGCAGACAUGUCCACCUUCUCCCCCAGCGAGCGCCUGGUCCUCAACGACGGCAUCCACAAGGCAGUCAUCGAGGUGAACGAAGAGGGCUCGGAGGCGGCGGCGGCGACGGCGCUCUUCUUCGGCAGGAGCGCCAGGAGGAAGCCGUCCUUCGUGUGCAACCGGCCCUUCCUCUUCUUCAUCCUUGACAAGGCCACCAGCAACGUGCUCUUCAUGGGGGCGUUUAGGGAGCCCUAGGUGAUGGGAAUUGGCCUUUGCGCACACGCAUAGGUAGACACACAUACGCACACGCAUCUUCACACACAUUUACACGUAGGUAUACACACACA